AUGCCACGUUUUGUUUCCCCUCUAAGCAAGCAUUUCUAUCCCCUCCACUUUGCUGCACAUCCAAUCCAUAGUAAGCGUUGUCUCAGCAGUAAAUCGUCAGCCAAUCAGAACGACGUUUCGCAAAAAUUGUUCCUAGAACUGGCGAAAACUGUCGGAGAGUUUCCACAUUGCAGGAAAUCGCACAGCAGCCCGACAUUUUUGCCGUUGAAUCUCGACGCCUCGACGUCGACCGGACAAAAUCGUAAGGACAAACGUGUCAACGGAUUGUCAGUUUUUGUCGGAGCUACGGAACAACGGGUACCUAUAAAAGAGCAGGCACACAAGGCUAAUAAAUUAAAAGAUCCGAACUUGCCCAGUCGGCACAGCAAAAAAUACAAGAACUUGUGUAAAUCCAUUUGGUGCUCGAGCAAGAAAAAAUCGGUGUCCGCCGGGCAAAUCUUCUUCAAGAAGGGGGAUACCGUUGUGUUUAAUUUUAAGCACUUAGUAAGUCCGGAACGGAUUGUCGCAGAAUACGCACGCGCCCAUCUUUACGACAAGCCCCGUUUCGUUAAAGUCGACCGCAAAGAAUCGGCGAAAUCGCUGUUGACGACCAACCGCGAAAGAACCGAUUCAGACGUGGAGCAAUACAAGAUAAAACAAUCAUCUACACGCGAGAGGACGCGUUCCACUGAACCAGGAUGGAAGUUAAACAAAUCCACAGAAAGUUCACAAAGAAACAUAAAAAGAGCAACGACAAAGGUGUCGGCGACGCACAAUUUUGUAUACCAGUUCGAUCCGUUCGCGACGUCGAAAGGUUCCUUCAGCGUGAAAGUACCGAAGGGUGGUCAAAAUUCGUCCAAUGUUGGUCAAGGAGAUAAUCCUACGAAAUGUUUAAACCUCGCACAAAGCCACGAACAUUCUGCCACCACGCUACCAAAAUUGCCAUUCCGACGCGGUUUGGCAACAGUCAACGCGGAAAAAGGGGACGUUGCAAGUUCCAAGAAAAAUACUAAUUUGCCUGACAUAGGAUGUCAAGAAACAGAGGCGGAGCAGCGAUUGCCGAGAAGUCGUGGGAAACGGAAUCUCAUCGGCGACAUAGAUCGCGAGGUAGAAAAGGUGAAGUCCGACUGGCAAGCAUUGAGGUCGCACGGCGGCGACUCCAAAAUAAAGACUUUCCUCAGCAAUUCGAAGUCGAAAAAAUUGUACGAGACGCUGGACGACAUGACGCGCGAGUUGGAGCGAAUACAAAAAUCGUACCUGGAUCCGAGAGCGAAUCAGUACCUGCAACGAGGCGCUAUGAAGGUGCUGGAAUCGUCCGAGCCAUCGUUCCAGGAGAAGGCUGACAUGAUCAAAGAAGCGCUGUUCCCGAAAGCAGCACCUUACGCGAAGCCUGCUAACGCGAGGACAGUGGACGAUGUUACGAAAAACGCUCUUCUCCCUCACGGAUCUUACGCAGGCUUGUCCACAGAAAAGUACUCAGCCGGCAGAAGCAUGCUGGGAAUGAAGCAAUGUCGGAAGAGCGUCGCCAGACCGAGCAGCAAGUCGACGCCAAAUUUGAAGAAAGGGAAUUCAUGCGAAGUUCCAGCGAAGUCGCAGAAAUCUGAGAUCGAGGAUUAUCUGGAGGGUUACAUUAGCAGCGCAGAACGAAAUUUCAGGAACGUCGAGUCCGGAUCCAACGACGUGCUUCCGUCCACGGAUGACAUGGCGGAAAUAAUAAAGAAACUGAAUGUACAGUCUUUCGAUAUGUUCGACGCGAUGGACGACGAGGAACCUUUGCCGGAGACUAGGAGAGACAGCAAAGAUGUCAAGGAUAUCAAGGAUGAGAUCUGUACGCGAACUCGGACGCGCGAGAGAGCCGACAACGCGCAAGUUUCGGAGGAUCUUCGUACAGAGAAAUUGUCUCCGCGGGAGAACAAUAAGACGCUGUGUUCCGAUAAUUCGAUUCAAACGGGAGUUCGAGCUGAAAGAACAGUUAAUCCGUUCAUGGAGAUGAGUUUGCAGUCAUUGAACGUUGAUCUGCCCGAAACUGUGCUGUCCCGCGUGCUGCGGUCCGAAUAUCUGCUGAAAGAUGUAUCGUUGAAGCCUAUGUAGAACGAAAUUCAUCGAUAGGAGUACAAGUUGAAUGUAAAAUAUUUUUGGAAAUAACAGUUGCUUCGAAGUUCGACGAGAAUCCCAUUAAA